ACAGUAUGUCUAAAAAAAAAUGUAUCCAAUAGGUAUCGGGCUAGUUGGUGGCAAACACAGAGUUUUUGCGAGCACCGUUUUGAGUGCUUACUAUCCAAUCGGCGAGGCAUUAGUCGGAGUAUUGUUUUGGUACGUUCAAGACUGGAGGAAAUUCUUGAUAUUCGUAAACUUACCGGGAUUGGGUUUCGCGUUGGCCUACACAAUUAUUCCAGAGUCUGUUCGCUGGAUGGUCACCGCGGGAAAAAUCAACGAGGCCAUAGAGGAAUUGAAAUACAUUGCAAAAUACAACGGAAAAAAACUAUCAGAAGAAAGUCUGAAAAAACUCGAAAUGUUUAAAUGCUCCAACGAAAAAGAGAUUGAAAUAGAGGAAAUGGCAAUGAGUACGGCGAACAGCUGUUCUAGCCAGCAAGCGUUUAAACGUGCAAUGACUUCAAAGCGCAUACUUUUACGAGUGAUCAACUGUUCGUUCUGUUGGUAAAGUACCUAUAUAUGUGAAAUAUAUUAUUGCGUUGUAUGAAGUUUCUUCACUUUUUUAUUUUUUAAUAAGUGCCUACUUUUAUUCUAGACAAGUGUAAAUAUAGAGAAACGUCUACGUUACGAAUUUCCAUUUUACGAAAUGUUCUGAUUAAUGAAAUAUUUUUGAGAACCAAUCAUAGGUGUUUAAUUAUAUUCAACGAAUUUCUUUAUGAUAUGAAUAUUUUUGUUGACCACAAGACAGGAGUGGAAGUCUUACCUACCUGCAUUAUAUAUUUAUUCAAAAUAUAUUUAAAAUAAAAGUAUUGAGAAAACUAAACACUAAACUUUACAUUUGAUAUUCUCGUAUUUAAAUUUGGCACCUAACCAAAUGAAUC